UCACAACGAUGGAAGCUCUCGCGGUUUGAGUUUACUCGGGAUCCGCUCGCCCGCCGUUUCGCACCGUGUGCGCCGAGUGAAUUCACGUCCGGGCCGGAGGACGUCGACCUUUCCCCUUUUCAUCCCUCCUUUUUUUUCGCGCUGGAUCCCGCUACCCCCUUCUCGCGCAAAUCUUCCCCCCGGCUGUGUGAUACGGAACGGUAAACACUCUCCGGAAAGAAAGCAACCUGGUCGCUUGGUGUCUCUCACACACACCGGUAACGCCCUGUGUAACACCCGCAGGUAUUAGUCACUCGAUGGAGCUGGCGAUAUGAGAGCUAUCUGAGGGAGCGUGACAGAUAAAGGAGAGAGAGAAAGAGAGAAAGAUAAUUAUUCUUUUUGACGGAAUAACGCGAAAUCGAGAUGGACAGCAAAGGGCGGAAGAUCAUCGUCUGCGACAAUGGCACCGGGUUCGUCAAGUGCGGAUACGCCGGCGCGAACUUCCCGGCCCACAUAUUCCCGUCCAUAGUGGGACGACCGAUAAUCCGGGCUGUCAACAAGAUCGGCGACAUCGACGUCAAGCAAGAAUAUUGCGUUCGUGAUGUGCUUAACAUGCCUGACCUAAUGGUCGGCGAUGAAGCGAGUAAACUUCGUUCUAUGUUAGAGAUAAGUUACCCAAUGCAAAAUGGGAUUGUUAGAAACUGGGAGGACAUGUGUCACGUGUGGGAUUACACGUUCGGCAAGGAGAAAAUGAAUAUCAAUCCGAAAGAAUGUAAAAUUCUGUUAACCGAGCCACCGAUGAAUCCUAUCACGAAUAGGGAAAAGAUGAUAGAGGUGAUGUUUGAGAAGUACGGUUUCGCUGGGACUUACAUCGCGAUCCAGGCGGUACUGACGUUAUACGCUCAAGGACUGAUCAGCGGCGUCGUUGUCGACUCCGGUGACGGUGUCACGCACAUUUGUCCCGUAUUCGAGGAGUACGCUCUGCCGCAUCUGACCAGACGGUUGGACAUAGCCGGGCGCGACAUCACGAUGUAUCUAAUUAAGUUGCUGCUGCUGCGCGGCUACGCGUUCAAUCACUCGGCCGAUUUCGAGACGGUGCGGAUGUUGAAGGAGAAGCUGUGUUACAUCGGUUACAAUAUAGAGACGGAAGAGAAGCUGGCCCUCGAAACCACUGUGUUGGUAGAGUCCUAUACUCUUCCGGACGGGCGGGUGAUCAAGGUAGGCGGUGAGAGAUUUGCGGCACCGGAAGCCCUCUUUCAGCCUCAUUUGAUUAACGUCGAGGCGCAGGGAAUAGCCGAGCUGGUGUUUAGCACAAUUCAAGCGGCUGAUAUCGAUAUCAGAAGCGAGCUGUACAAGCACAUCGUUCUGAGCGGGGGUAGUACAAUGUAUCCGGGGCUUCCAUCGAGGCUUGAACGAGAAAUUAAGCAACUUUAUCUUCAAAGAGUAUUAAAGAAUGAUACCACUAAGUUGAAUAAAUUUAAGAUAAAAAUUGAAGACUCACCUCGACGUAAGGACAUGGUUUUCAUGGGCGGUGCUGUAUUAGCGGAAAUAACGAAGGAUCGAGACUCCGUGUGGAUAACGCGGGAGGAGUACGAAGAGAAGGGUCUUAGUGUACUAAAGAAAUUAGGCGCCUACGAAUCAUAAGGAAAGUCAAUAUAAAUGUAGGCUACAAAAUUUUUAACGGGCAAUCAAGUGUUUUUUAUACCUAUAAAAAAAACGCUCUUGAGAGUUAGACUCGCGCAGCAGUUUUAUGAUUUGUUAUAUAAUUGUAAACAGGGGUACUUUAAAACGAAGUACUUUAAAAAGACUUACUAGCUGUUUGAUACUAAACUCUAGUAAACUAAUGUAUUCUUUGGUUGUAAACGUGAUAUAAUUUCAAACGAGAUACGACAAAGAUAAAAAGAAGGUUUUUCGAACAAAAAGAUGCAGUCGAGUAUCAUGGUAUUCCGAUAAAACAUUGGAAUGUGAACAUUGAAUAUUUAAUAAACUCGACGUUUUUGUUAUACUUCAGAUUGUAUCCGAUUAAAAUAUUUCGUCGAUCAGGUAUGAAACGAUAUUGCAUUUAAUAUGUAUUUAUAGCUCUCAGGUAAAUAUUCAACAUAUCGAUUAAUUUUUAUUGUUACUUACCGUGAUACCUGAUUAAAAAAAAAACUUCAUUCCUUGUUUCCUUGUAUUUGUCAAACUCUUCUCUAAAAAGUGUAAAUACAAUUGAAAUUGUAAAAAAAAAAAA